AUGAUGCGUGCGCGGAGGGUUGUGGUGGCACUGUCGCCUCUCGCGCAGCUCUGCGUCCAUGUGCAGUGGCGUCUUUACACGCCGAUCUGGCAGCCGGACCCGGCGGUGGAUCACGUUGCGCCACUCCGUGAGAGCGACGAGAACCGAACGCUGUGGGCGUCCUCUGCGCCGAUUGCAAAUGUUAGCGACGCCAUUGCAGCAUGGAUACGUUUUGGAAACGAUCCAGUGCUGCACACCGCGUUGCCCGUCAUUCACGCCGGCCAAAAUGAGCGGACGAGGACAGACGGCUCGUCUGCUUCCUUAUCAUUAUCGUCUCUGCCAUCGCCAUCUUCAACCUCUCCGUUUGCAACCGUCGAGGAUUACAUGGGAACAAACAUGGUGUUUGGCUCCCCCGAGCACGUAAAGGAUAGCGCAGCGGUGUGGGCGUCGUACUUUGAACGGCGUUAUCUGAGCCAACUCCGGCAUUCCCGUCGCACGGCUGCCAACCACGUGGGUUUGGUCAAUGCACCAGACGUAUUCACUGACGAAGCGGACCGCCCGGAAACAAAGUGGUCGCAGGAUACCCGGUUUCGCGAACGUGCAUACAUGGCGGAGAAGUUUUUAAAGGAAAAGGUGGCCAACUUGCAGCAGCUUGAACAGGCCCUAAAGCAAGCGAAGCCGGCGGAGUAUAUUGCCUUCCACGAUGCCCUGCAGCAGCAGACCCUAACUCUCAUCCCACUGCCAUCUCCAAGUGUUUGGCACUACGGGGGUGCCCGCCGCACGCAGUGGGCGGAGCGGUUUCUUCCACUCUCACAUGAGGCACAACAAUUUUUCACGACUGUUCUCGCUGAGGAUUUGAAGAGAGCUGGCGAUGCGCCUGAAAAAGUUUUGCAGAAAGUCGCAGCGGUGUUUGCAGAGGUGGGAAAAAUUCUCCUGCAGCGUCACAGGCGUUGCCUCGGUGGCCGUGAAUGGUCUGCGCUGGCACCGCACGAAAAGGAUGAAUUCUGCAUGAAGGAGGUUGAACGAUGGAAGCAGCAGGUGGAAGUUGGGGAGUUUGACCCGCCGCUAGAUGGGGACGACGACCCCACUUCAACGGAGUGGCAAAGUGAGCACGAUGCCAUCAUGCAGCUCAUGACGGCAACCAUUGAUGGGCUCAGCUUUUCGGCACUGGAGUUUUGGACGCACACAAUCCGCUGUGAGGAAAUGGAGACCGAGCAUAUUCAUACGGAGAAACGUGUGCGUGCCAUCAGUGCCGCUGCAAGGAGGGCCAUGUAUGAUACUACAUCUUACGAGGCGGUUCUGCAGGGUAUUGUGGAUGCCGUUGCGAAGGGGCAGUUGGAUAUGAAGGCGGCGGGAUUUAAACCGCACAUGAACGACAUCUGGUGCCAGUUAAAUUACGCCAAAUUUGGGGCUUCCACUGUGACGCAGCACACGACAACAGCACGCCGACAAUUGAAUUAUUUUCAUGCUGGGUUACUGAAGGAAGUUGCGGCGACUGCGGCGUUGUACUACGCAACGAAACCUCUCAGUAGUUCUUUGGACUAUGCGUCGCCGUACAAGUUUCGUCGCUCGCUCGUUGGGCUCUUUUCUACCUACGGUGUGGAAAUGGUCUACGCGGUGCAACGACCGCUGCUUUUUAGCGCGGCAAAUCUUGCGAAAGCGGAGGAUUUAAUACGAGGUGUUGUAAAGAACGUGGCGCGCCCUUUUGGUGAACGCCGGCGUGCCAAAUUGAAGCAGUUACGUGCCAACCAUCGGCGUCUCGCAACUCCUGUGCAGGGGGUUGUGGUGUCUGCCGUGGUGUCGGAUCUCCUUGAGAGUGGUGCCGAUGUGUCCGAGGCGAAAAAGGCUGAAAAAAUGCAAGAAUCCGUGACCUUUUGGCCACUUGGUGCGCGGCGCGUUGUUUCCUACGAUUGGCCGACACCUCACUUUGAUGCUCUGAAGAGACGAGUUGCCGCCGCGGGGUCCGCAGUGACGGCGCAGAGCACGAAGGAAAUUCAAGAAAUCAAGCGAAAUGCGUUUGUGGAGGUGUCGCUCUGGCGACGUGUGACGGCCGAAGAGACGAAGCAACGGCGCGAUGCGGUGGAGGAGGAGACGCGGCGAGUUGCGGACGUUGUUCGGACGAUUCCACCGCUCGCGCAGGUGCAGCAGUACGCCACGUCACUGUACCAACGAAUUGAAGAUGCCGCACCUUUUCCCGCAGCCACGGACAACAACGCCAAAAGUGAACAAGAGGAUGAUGAGUCCUCCUGGGAGUUCGUGGUCAUGCUAGACGACCGUGUGGUGCUCAACGCGAAUCAGGCGGCUGAGUUGUAUCUUCCAUACACGGACGCCAGUGGAGUGCCCAUCCCGCAAGGUGAGUGCCGUGUGCGGGUGCGGGGAUUUGACGUGGAUGUGAAUCCGACGCUUAACCCGGCUUUUUGCAGUGAGGCAUUUUCAACGCCAUUUCAAGUCUUUGACGCCAUCCCCCAACUCGUGCAGCAGUUUUUUGGAACGGCGAAACCGUCGGUUGCUGAGGUUUCAGACAUCCCCUCAUCAAAGUUUAUCCAAUUUUGUGCGUUUUUGCGCGAGGCGGGGCUGGAUGUUCCGGUGCAAUGCGAAUUUGAGGCUGGUCAGGUUCUUAACGCGGAGGGCGAUGUGUUCAUGGAAUAUUUCUUAAAUCUGCUUCGAAGCGACAGGUUUCAUCGUAGCUGUGCCCAGGCUGGCCUGACGGAAAUGCAGCGGGUGAUUGAGUCCUCGUGCCGCGCCCAUUGGGAGGUGCACCAUCCCGGUGCAAAUGAGGCGGAGUGGGCAGAAGCGCGCCGCCGAGUGCUUGAUCGGGCAAUGGAGAAGGAAAGAGAGUGGUGGUUUCCAAAUGAGAUGUUGGACGUGACGAAUAUGUCACCAGGAAGCAAUCACGGUUUGAGGCUCCCAAUGUACCCAGCAACUGUGCGGUACGGAAGAGAACUUUGUACGCUUCUUGCAGCGGAGGGUCAGUUCGAUAACAACAGUGGACUUUCUGCGACAUGUGCGGUAAAUGGCACUGGGGCGGCAGAGUCGAUCACGUUUAGUACUGGCGAUCACAUUUCUUCGACAUUUUCUAUGGAGGAGGCGCUUGCUGUGGCGAAAGGGGCUUUGCGUAAUGCACAUGACCGUCAGAAUACACUUGCUGCCUUCCGUCUGGGCCCGCUAUCGAAGCAUUCACAAGUGCUGCUGUUUUGCGGCAUCAAUGCCACGGAGUUUGGCGGCAAGUAUGCCCGCACCUAUACCUACGCCUUUGAGAAGGCCAAGAAGGAACUGGCGGAAACGUUUGUGUCGGGCCGUGUGGUGCCUGGUGUGGAUGAGGACGAGUUGCUGCGCGUCUCAGAUAAAGAAGGGGUCGAUCGUUUUGCCUCCUCGACGCAUCCAGAGCAGCGAAAGACACAAUUUGUGCCGCGCGUGGGUCCUGGUGGAGCACCCAUAGAAGACCCCACAGCCGAUCAGAAGACACAGUGGGGAAGAUGA